UCCACGUUGAGCAGACACUGAAAACGUUGCACCCUUUUAACAAAUGGUUGUCUAACUAAAUCCGCACGCGCCACUACAACAAAACAAUGGAAGGAAGUCAGCAAAAAGUGGAGGCUAAUUUCUUACUACUUGGAGCUGAAAGCGUCGGUAAAUCUGCUCUCACGGUGCGGUUUCUCACUAGAAGGUUUAUUGGCGAAUACGGCGAUAUUGAAUCCAUCUACAGUCAUACUGACCGAAUAGACGGACGGGAUAUCUGUUUUAAUAUCUGGGACUCACUUUGCCCUCAGAAUGAUGAGGGCGCGGGACACAUCAGCAACCGACAACUCCAGUGGGCGGACGGUUUCAUCCUGGUUUACAGCAUAUGUGACCGUGCCAGCUUCAACGUGGUGCGGCAACAGGUGAAGCGCAUCCGGCAAGCCAAAAGCAAAUUCCCCGGCGCACCUCCCAUCGUCAUCGUAGGGAAUAAACGCGACCUCCAGCAUCGCCGCACCGUCUCCAGCGAGGAAGGACGCCUCCUCACCCUUUCCACAAACUGUGGCUUUUUCGAGAUCUCUGCAGCGGAGACAUACCAUGGGGUACAGCUGGUAUUUCACGAACUGCUCGACCUUAUCCGAGAGGCGAGGGCGCUCAAGAAGGGGGCAGCUGGGAUCAAAGGUAUCGUGAGAAGCAUGUCUGCCGUUUUCGGGAGGAAGAGAACUGAGUAGUUCCAAUAGCCUAAUAUGAGAGACACUGAGAUGAUAGUUCUGCGUCCAAACGGUCCGGGACUUGUCCGUGCGUGAAGUGGUUCGCUACGUUUCCAUAUUGGAAUAGGUCAGUACGGCCUAACUGAAUUCACCCUGCUUGGAUUCUUACUCAAAUGAGAAGAAUGACAAUCAAAUCCUGUCGAACGGGCCUUUGGACAAUCUACUUACUGCAAAAUAAAUACUCUUGAGGUCAGCUGGACUAAAGUAGCAUUACAUGCCCUUAAAUGUCCAAUAUAUUAGAUUGCCGUACAAUGAAUUGCCAGCUGUAAAGCAAAUGGUAUCAUGUUUAAAUGCCUGGAAGAAGUAUUGUGGAAAACUUAUGUGCAAUAGACAAUUUAUUUUUCUUUACUAAACUGCAUCAGUAUGC